UGCGCUCUCUUGGAUCUCAUUACCAGCCCUAGCCGCUCUCUCUCACUCAUGGCGUCUCGAAGAGUUAUCUCUUCGCUUCUUCGUUCCUCUUCCCGCAGAUCCACCCCUAAUUCCCCUUCCCUCUCUAGGCUUUCAUCUCCUACACUCGCUCGUGGUGCCGUUCCAUGUGGGCAUCUCCUCGGGCGCGUCUCCGAGUACGCGACCUCCGCGGCUCCUGCUGCGGCGGCUCCUUCGACUCCUGCGAAGGACGAUGCCCAGAAGAAAACCUUUGAUUACAGUGGAAAAGGAGCGAUCGGGCAGGUCUGUCAAGUUAUCGGUGCCAUCUGUGAUGUGAGGUUCGAGAACCAGGAGGGUUUGCCUCCGAUCAUGACCGCUCUCGAAGUGCUUGAUCACCCGACAAGGCUCGUGCUUGAGGUCUCUCAUCACUUGGGUCAAAAUGUCGUUCGGACCAUUGCCAUGGACGGUACCGAGGGUCUCGUCCGAGGUCGCCGCGUUCUUAACACCGGUGCUCCCAUCACGAUCCCUGUCGGAAGGGCUACCCUCGGACGUAUCAUGAACGUUCUCGGAGAACCCAUUGACGAGAGGGGAGAAAUCAAGACAGACCAUCACUUGCCCAUUCACAGAGAAGCUCCUGCUUUGGUUGAGCUCUCCACUGGGCAAGAGAUCCUUGCCACUGGUAUUAAGGUUGUCGAUCUCCUUGCUCCUUACCAAAGAGGAGGAAAGAUUGGUCUUUUCGGUGGUGCUGGCGUCGGCAAGACCGUGCUUAUUAUGGAACUGAUUAACAAUGUUGCCAAAGCUCACGGAGGGUUCUCUGUGUUUGCUGGUGUGGGUGAACGUACCCGUGAGGGUAAUGACUUGUACAGAGAAAUGAUUGAGAGUGGUGUCAUCAAGCUAGGGGACAAACAGUCUGAGAGUAAAUGUGCUCUCGUGUUCGGACAAAUGAAUGAGCCACCGGGUGCUCGUGCCCGUGUCGGACUUACUGGUUUGACUGUUGCUGAGUACUUCCGUGAUGCUGAGGGCCAAGAUGUGUUGCUUUUCAUUGAUAACAUUUUCCGUUUCACCCAGGCCAACUCUGAAGUGUCUGCUCUGCUCGGGCGUAUCCCCUCUGCUGUCGGUUACCAGCCAACUCUGGCUUCCGAUCUUGGUGCCCUUCAGGAGCGUAUCACAACCACCAAGAAGGGUUCUAUCACCUCUGUCCAAGCCAUCUAUGUCCCUGCUGACGAUCUGACAGAUCCUGCUCCUGCCACAACUUUUGCUCACUUGGAUGCCACGACAGUGUUAUCCAGACAGAUCUCUGAGCUUGGUAUCUAUCCUGCUGUGGAUCCUCUGGACUCAACCUCCCGUAUGCUCUCACCCCACAUCUUGGGAGAGGACCACUACAACACAGCUCGUGGUGUGCAGAAAGUGCUACAGAACUAUAAGAACUUGCAAGAUAUUAUUGCCAUUUUGGGUAUGGAUGAGCUCAGUGAAGACGAUAAGCUGACCGUUGCACGUGCCCGUAAGAUCCAGAGGUUCUUGAGUCAGCCUUUCCAUGUGGCCGAGGUCUUCACGGGCGCCCCAGGAAAGUAUGUGGACCUGAAGGAAAACAUCAAGAGUUUCCAGGGGGUGCUUGAUGGAUUGUAUGAUGAUCUAUCUGAACAAUCAUUCUAUAUGGUUGGAGGCAUCGACGAGGUGGUUGCCAAGGCAGAGAAGAUUGCCAGGGAAUCGGCAGCUUAAGCAUUCUUUCUUGCUUAUUUCUUCUGUCUUUUUGUGACAAUAACGAAAAAAAUCCAACGCUUUUGGUGGUGGUGCUGACGGGAAAGUUCAAGUUUCCGUUGCACGUUUGUUUCUGGUUUUUAGCGCCAAUGUGAGGGCAGAGACGUAGUCGCUGAACUGUAUCCUCUGUACUACCGGGAAAGUUGCUCCAUUUUUUUUUCCUGAAUAACGGAGACAUACAAAGUGUGUUGUCGGAUUCUUAUCACAAUGGAUAUUCUUGUGCCAUU